UUCCGGUUAGCCGCUAGGUGACGCUUCAUGUCGCGAGCUAAAUAUAGGUUUCGGUUCGCCAAUAUUCGACAUCCAAUCAUAUCUCUCGCUCGGUGACUUCAACGCAUGCGCGGUUUUUGUAUUUUUAAAAGCACUUGAGAAGCUCGGGUAAGUAGACGGUGGAUAGGUAUAUUCGGGCUGGGACGAGGGCUUUAAAAUGUAGUGUUAGCCGAAGUGAGUAGUUAGCCAUUAAGUGGACUCUAUGGUGGAAAAUGCGUGCCGUGUGUUGUUGGAUUUAAAAUGGCGUCAUUGCGUGUCCGUUGCAGUCAAAUACGCCGCUAUAAGUGACUGUCAUUGUUUUUGCUGAGACUAAAAUGGUGGACACGGCUGCAUAGCUGCUGUAAGCGAGCUAAGAUGACGCUGUGUUUGUUUUCUGAAUAAUGUGUGUCGUGCCGUUUGAGAGGACUAUGAAACAUGAAAACUGGGGACGUGUAAUACCUUUUGGGAUCAGCAUGGAUGUGGACAGGGUGUCCUGGGCACAUGGCAAACAGGCACUGGCCCUCUUUUAAUCACAGUGGUGAGUUUUGGUGAGUGCCUUGACUCGCCAUGACUAUGCGAACCACUGUGUUCAAAAGUGGAGGAAACAAGCUGGACACGGACACCGGUGACCAAGCUAAAAAACAAGAAUCUCAGACCAACGCAAAGAAGACUUCUGAGUGUUUUGUGCGAGUUCCUGGCAUCUUGAGUAACAUUCACAAUAGUACUGGGCAGUAUUUGCACAGCAAGGCUAAGACCCUUUCAACCAGCCAGAGCACCACAGGCAGAUCUGUUCUGUCACCAGCAGUGAGGAGGGGACAGGAGGAGAACUGGGUGAACCUGGGGGUGUUGACAAUUCCGCUGACCAAGCAGAUGGGGGCUGAGGGUACCCCGGUCAAAAGCAAGUCACUAUUCGGACACACCAGUCAUAACCACAUGGGCAAGAUGGAUCCAGUGGCAUCAAAUGGCAGCAAGCAGCCUAGGAAGGCAGGACCAGGAGGAGGAGUGGCAGUGGUGGGGGUCCCCUCACCAGAACAUGGUUCUGAUGGAAAACGGCGGAACGCGUUGAAAGGCACAGGCCACGCUGCCACCCAGACUGGCUGCAUCCGUCAGAUCCUGCUUCUGCAGCUAGAACUGAUUGAACAGCAACAGCAGCAACUGCAGAACAAGAACAAGGAGAUAGAUGACCUCAAAGCUGAAAAGGAGAUGCUGGCGGCACGGAUUGAGCGCAUGGAGCGGCGGUUACAGAUGGUGAAGAAAGAUGGUGUUGAGAGUCGGCCCACUCCUCGCCGCAGGGAGUCUGUAGAGACUGUCCCAUCAGAAGGCGCUGGGCAGCCUGAGGGUCAGAGUCAUACCCCACGACAAACGAAUUUUGAAAGAAGUGGAAAGAAUCUGAAAAGGAGGUUCCUUUUUCAGGAAUCCAGGAUGUCGAGAUCCAGACGUGGGCAUACUAAAGCACCCCCUCCAAAAGAAAGCCAAGCUUUGGAAGAGGAGUCCCAGGAAGAGGUGGAGCCUGAGAUAAAGUCACCUGGUUCUUCCCUUGUCAAAUCAGAAGAGCUGCCUUACAUGGCUACCACUGAGAUGUAUCUCUGCUGCUGGCAUCAACCUCCACCUUCACCCUGGCGAGAUCACUCUCCUGUACAGGAGGACACAGUUACUGUCCCUUCCUGGCGAGAGUGUGUUGUGGAACCUCUGGAUGACAAAAAGGCGGUUGAUAUUGAGAGUUUGGAUGACAGUGUCUUCCUGAAGCGUCAUUCAAAACUGGAGCUUGAUGAGAAGAGACGGAAAAGGUGGGAUAUUCAGCGUAUUCGGGAGCAGCGGAUGUUCCAGCGCCUUCAGCAAAGGAUGAAUAAGCAGAAGGUGAUUCAGGAGAGUGAGCCUGAGCUGCUUUCCUUCUACCCUGAUGCUGAAGAUGUGGAGUCUGUAAUGAUCACACCUUUUCUGCCAGUGGUGGCCUUUGGCAGGCCUCUACCUAACCUUAAACAACAGAAUUUUGAAAUACCAUGGUUAGAUGAGCGCAGUCGUAGCCGACAAGAAGUGUCUAAGAAGAAGACGCCCCAUCGGACCUGCCGCAAGUGAAGCAGUCCUCCCUUGAGUGAUCAAACAAUGUUAAGAAGAGGCUGACUGUCCUGUAGUGUAUAUCUUGUGCUAUCGGAUCAUCUUGGCAACAUUUUCUACAUAGUUGAUUUGCCCUGAAGGCACUUUCAAUCUUCAAAGGACUGUUCCUUGCUGAAGCCAGUUUGGCACCCUGAAUGGCACCAGCUGCAAGAUGGCUGAAAGCCAAGCUGUCAAAUGUUCAUGCUCAUUGUUGCACUGCAAAAUGUGAUGUUGCUUUGGUAUUUGGCCAUGCAAGUUAGCUUUUAAAACUGCAGUAUGGACCAAAACUCACAUCAUAAUCACAUGAAGUUUAACAGAGAAUGUUAUUUAAUCAGUAUUUUUGCAGUUCUGUUCAUUGUUGAAUGAGUGACUGGCGGUAUAGUGUAAUAUCUUGUAACAUAGUGUUGAUUCUACAAAUAAAAGAUGUUCUAAUGCACCUAAAGAAAAUA